AUGGACGACAAAUACAUAGGACUUGCAUUGGCAAUGUCUUCCUCACUAGCGAUCGGUACCUCCUUUAUCAUCACCAAGAAAGGUCUCAUGGAUGCCGCAGCACGUAACCGAGGCUCCUCAAACAAUAAUGGCUCUGUUCAAGCAGCAGACUAUUUGCAAAACCCCAUCUGGUGGGGAGGUAUGAUCACCAUGGCUAUUGGCGAAAUUGCAAACUUUGCAGCAUACACAUUUGCACCAGCAAUCUUGGUUACACCUUUGGGUGCGCUUUCUGUGAUUAUUGGUGCUGUUUUAGCUGCAAUCUUUUUGAAAGAAGAGUUGGGCACUUUGGGGAAAAUGGGGUGUGCCAUUUGUCUUAUGGGAUCGGUGAUUAUUAUUCUUCAUGCGCCUCCUGAUAAAGAGGUUGAAACCGUUGACGAGAUAUUAGGAUAUGCAACCCAGCCAGGGUUUUUAUUCUACUGCUGUGCAGUAGGGUUAUACUCACUAUUUAUGAUUUACAAGAUUGUUCCUAAAUACGGAAACCAGAACCCAAUGAUUUAUUUGUCAAUUUGUUCUUCCGUUGGCUCCAUUUCCGUGAUGUCCAUUAAAGCAUUUGGCAUUGCUUUGAAGUUGACCUUGGGUGGUAACAACCAAUUCACACAUGUUUCAACGUAUUUGUUUUUGCUUGUUGUCGCUUUGUGCAUUGUUACGCAAAUGAACUAUUUCAACAAGGCAUUGGACCAGUUUGACACAUCUAUAGUCAACCCAUUGUACUAUGUCACAUUCACGACAUUUACAUUGGCAGCAUCAUUCAUCUUGUUCCGUGGUUUCAACACUACAUCAGCUGUUGAUAUCAUCUCAUUGUUAAUCGGAUUCUUAAUCAUCUUUAGUGGUGUUUACUUGCUUAACAUUUCGAGAAAGGAAAAUGAUGGCCAUAAUAGAGAAAUGUUUGGUGUUCAUAGCUCCAAAGAUAUGGCUCCUUUGGACAAUGGUGUAGGUGGCUUCUCAACAAUGAGAAGAUCAAUGCAAAUGAACAGGUCAGUAGACUAUGACGAUGAAGAGAUGCUUGGCUUGAGAAGAGUAGACAGUUUUGAAAUCGAUAGUGAUGGAGAAGGUGAGAGAAAUUAUAGACAUUAG